UUCUCAGGUUAGUGACUUGUUUGACAACUCGUUCUAUACAAAACUAACCUUCCUACAUUUGGAACACCGUUUCACCAUUUAAUGUAGUUUACAUGUUUCCCGCUAAACUUCGCACCAAAUAAUAUUCCAAUGCCGAGAACUGUUUGAUCAAUGAACAGCAGUCGACAAUCCAACUUAUUCGAUAUUUAUUAUUUAUUACGGAUAAAAUUGGCUAAAUAUGGUGAAAUUAACAACGGCUUACGUAGAGAGAAAAUGCUCGGAAACGCAAUCGAAUAAAUCAUUAACAAAAGAAAUAGACAAGCAUCAUUUACAAAGAAUAACUCAUCUAUACAUGAAUGACAAAUUCAUCAAUGCCAUCGGUAACUUCGCUGCCUGCAAGAAUCUAAAAGUUAUAUAUCUUCAAAAUAAUUGUAUAUCCAAGAUAGAGAAUCUUCAUUUUGCUGUAAAUCUGACGCACCUGUAUCUUCAGCAUAAUAAUAUUAUGAAAAUUGAAAAUCUUGGUACACUGAGGAACCUGACAAAGCUCUAUUUAGGAUACAAUAAUAUUAGCAUUGUAGAAGGUUUAGAAAACCUAGAAAAUUUAAUUGAACUUCAUAUAGAGAGACAAAGAAUUGCACCUGGAGAAUUAUUGUGUUUUGAUCCAAGAACCGUCGCUACUUUAUCUAAUUGUCUCAAGGUUUUGAAUGUUACGGGGAACAAAAUGAAUUCUCUUCGGCAAAUUAAUGAUUUUCGUUUUUUAGAAAUACUCGAAGUUAAGAAUAAUUCUAUACAGGACAUUGAAGAUUUGACAGAAAGUGUCAAUGCCUUAAUUAGACUCAGAGAAUUGUUCCUUCAAGGAAAUCCUGUAACGCAAUGUUACAGAUAUCGAGAAAAUCUAAUUGCAAACAGUGAAUCUUUAGUAAAUUUAGAUGGAAAAGACAUAAGUGAAAUUUGUCGACAAUUCAUGAAAAAAUUUAAGACAGAGAAACUAUUGCGACAGAUCAGAAGACCGUCCAAGAUGACAUUAAGCGACGACAUUACCAAUUCUCUUAAUUUACCACCGGCAUUCAAAAGAUCCGUUUCAAGAGCCAUAUUUCAUCAGUCUGAUCCAAAAUUAUCCAUAACAGUAACUACAGCAUCCGGUGAGACUCACCCUCAAAUAUUUCCAGCAUGGAAGUCAGCUUCUGGUAUAAAAGGACUAAGAGAAAAUCGAAUAAAACCAAGACCCUUUUGGAAAGUUAGUUCAAGAAGUAAACAGAGCUUGCAUAGUCCAUCAGUAAGCUCAGUCAUCGCACUUCCGCCUAUUUAAAUGAUAAAAUCACAUAUCAAAUAAAAAAA